GUCUACACUCAUCUGUAUCUAUUUAAUUGCCAGAUUGCUUAAAUAUGAAAAAUCGAGGAAAUAUUUAUUUCACUUCAUACUCAACUUAAUUACUAGCAUAGUCGGGUCAGGUUGGAUGGGAGGGACGCCGCCGGUUCCACUUUGACAUUGACGUUGUUAAAAAAAUCGCAUGUUGAUUAAGAAUCUUAAUUUAAGAUUUAUUCACUAUUGUUCUUUUGGUGUACAGUCUUUGUUGUUUGUUGGACUUAAUGAGUGUGGGUGGAAGUAUUUUUUAGCAGGUCAGAGGAGAUGCUCAAAUUAAUUAUGUGGGGGCAGUUAUUUUGAAAACAAAAUGAACCGUGCUACUGAUAACAUCGGUCCUAGUGCCGGCGCCUCUGGGAACAAUAAUCAAGAAGGGUUGACCACUGCAACCAUGACCGAUUCACAAAAUUAUGAACAGCUUGCCCAAGAAAUAGAAGCUUUGGACACUUAUUGGGGUCCUACGUUCCGGACGAUAAUCGAAGAUGGACGUCACCAAAGAUUCUUGGACCAUCUAGAACAACGGAUCAAAGGGCAUGAUCGCGACAUUGAAAAACUGUGCAAUGUUCACUAUCAGGGGUUCAUAGACUCUAUAUUAGAACUCCACAAUGUCCGGGCUGAGGCCCAAGACCUUAAAGGAAGAAUAUCCUCCAUGGAUAACGAGUUGCAGUUGGAAGUCACCAGUGUCCUUCAGAGAGCGGAGGAUUUGGCCAAUGCUCAACGAGUAGAAGGAAAUAUUGUUGCCACGAUUGAGCAGCUAGAGAUUUGCUUACCUCUGUUCAAAAUGUAUCAAAAAUUGAAAGAACAAUUGGAACAAAAAAGGUAUUACCCCGCAUUGAAGUCGUUGGAACAGUUGGAGCACACAUAUCUUCCUCAAGUUUCUCGCUACCGGUUCACAAAUCAUUUUAGAGAAUGCAUUCCAAAAUUUAGGAAACAGAUUCAAGAAUCAAGCAUGUCCGAAUUGAAAGAUUUCCUGGAAAAUGUCCGAAAAUAUUCUUCAAAAAUUGGAGAAGUGGCCAUGAAACACACAAAUGAGCAACAAAUUAUGUACACCAGCGGGGAAGGUCAAGGAGGAGGACGAAAAGUUUUAUUUGGCUCCCCUAGUCAGUCCGCUUUAGCCGAUAUGGACGACGUCGAUGCUGCCUUGACAGAUGGAACACUGGACGGGGAAGAGGGAAUGAGCGCCCAAGAUUUAGUUGACUUUUCUCCAUUGUAUCGUUGUUUUCACAUAUUCACGGUUCUCGGGGACAGACAGACGUUUGAAAAUUACUAUCGUAAACAACGUCAAGAACAAUCCAUUCUGGUUCUUCAGGCGACCGGCAAUAUGCAACACGAGAGUUUGUACGGAUAUGAGGAAUAUUUUAAUGCAAUCGUUGGAUUCUUUGUCAUUGAAAAUCAUCUCCUUUAUACAACUAACGGUUUAGUCAGUCAGGCAAUAUUGGAGGAAAUGUGGGCUGGUGCAUUGCCAAAGAUUGCAAACACUUUGCGAACAUAUGCCUCGUACUGCACAGAUGCCGGAACCAUUUUGGAGAUUAAAAAACUAAUCAUGCUGUUUUCCAAUACUCUAGGCAAUUACGGAUAUAACGUCUCACAACUAUCUGUCACUCUGCAAGAAAUUCGAGAACAUUACACUGAUGUGCUGAUGCAACGAUGUGUUCACUCCUUUCGAGAAAUAUUUGAUGAGGACACCUACCACCCACUCCAGGUCCAGAAUGACAACGAGUACGACAAUGUGAUUCGAACUUUUCCUUACAUUGACGCCUCCCUGGAAAAUGCCAGCUUCCCAAGGAAAUUUCCCUUCUCGUUGAUGGUUCCUCGCGUGUAUCAGCAAGUGAAAGACUUUGUGAAUGCGUCUCUAAAAUAUACAGAGGAGCUCAAUCUCAGUCAAACCGAAGUUGACGAUAUGAUGAGAAAGUCUACGAAUCAACUCCUCACCAUAACCCUCAGUGGCUGUUUAACCACCCUCAUUCAGAAACAUAGCAUCGGACUACUGCAGCUUAUUCAGAUCACAAUAAAUACCAACUAUCUGGAACUUACGAACGCUUACUUGGAGGAAUAUAUAAGCGAAGUAACGGGUGGUUCCGUUAAAAACAUGUCCCACAAGGCGGAGCUGCAGGGAAAGUCAAUGUUCAAGGAUGCUCGGGCCGAAGCUGAGGAACAAAUUUAUGAAAAGCUUAAAAUCAAAAUUGAUGAGACUUUUGAACUCGCCAAUUAUGACUGGAACCUUACAGAGCCGCAGGGCCUGGCGUCUGACUACAUAAUCGAUCUUGUAGCAUUUCUCCAGUCAAUAUUUCUUGCCUUUACCAAUUUGCCAGCUAAAGUAGCAAGGACUGCGUGUGUCGCUGCCUGUCAACAUAUCAACAAACGCCUGACAUCCUUAAUGCUGGAUGAUGAUGUGAAACAGAUAUCUCUGGGCGCUUUGCGACAACUAGAACUGGAUCUUAUCCAGUGCGAACAGUAUGCACAAUCUCAACCUGUGAAAGAUCUUGAUCCAACUCUACUCCUCGAGUGUUUCAUAGAUUCUCGGCAGAUCCUGGAUCUUUUUAACCAGUGCGACUUCUCUUCAUAUUUUCGAGAUUUUGGGGAAGCUACCUCCAAAUACCCGCGAGUCACGCCGCAAGCAGCUAUUAAAGUCUUAGAAAAAAUUCGCGAAUCUGACCGUGAUAAGAAAAAAAUCCUUUCCGUGCUCAAAAAGGAUGAACGUGACAAAAAGAAACUGCACGAUACCAUAUUAAAGCAACUGAAGGAAUUGCCUCAAACGUCGGCAUAAGAUUCGUCGAUAGUGACGAUCGUUUUCGAAAGGGCCAAGAACACAAAACCGAGUUACCUUAUUGUAAUUAAAACCUCAUACGAUACGAUGAUGGGUCAUUAUUUGUUUAUAUUGUUAUUCAUACUAAACUAUGAUUCUUAAUCAGUAAUCAUAAAAUAUGAGAUGCGCUGAAAGACUAUUGCGUGAUUUACAAUCUAUCUAUUAUCUGGUAGUUUGUUCCAAAAAUCCCUAUUCAAGUUAUUUAUUUAUUGACAGUACUUAUUGACAAUUUAUGUAAUUGUUUGAUGAAUAGUAAUAAAUUUCUAAAUCGCAUAA